AUGGCGCAUAUUUUCAGAAGGAGAAAGACAUCCGACCUCCACGGUGAUGAUGUUGAGCUUGCCGAGGUUUUGAAGGCAAUCGCGGCCAAGUUCUCACACAAACCCUGGUAUCCUGACGACGAGGAAGCGCAACAGUACCGUCAGUUUGGCAUUCGGAGCCUCAAGAAGUUCUUGCGCGACCUGCCGUCUCAAGGCAGCGAUGAGCUGCGCGAUGCCGUGACUGCGUUGAAGGCCGAUUUGGUCUCUGACCCCGAUCUGCCUGCGCCCAACACCGAGUCAAGCACCGCCGUGGCACAGUCAUCGUCUACGGGAAAACGUACCUUCGCGCAAACUGACGACGGCGAAACCCAAGAGGCACCCCCGCUAAAGCGCGUCAAGACCCACGAGGAGGCACCCGACUUCACUGUCUACACCAAAGGCGCCUACACCGUCCACGUCUCCGAAGGUGGUACCCCCGCUGUUGAACUCAACCUGAACGGCCCGGCUACCGUCCAGAUCAAGACCUCGAGCACAUCAGCAUCUGCCCCUGGUGCUGCGCCUUCUCGCCCGGAUCCUGUCCCUGCCCCUUUCUUCAAGCCGUAUAUUCUGCGUCGUUGCGGCGCAUACCCAGGAACUUACCAUCAGAUGAGCCCUUCUGAUCCCAGGCCGGCACCGUGCUGCACCUAUCCUUGAGAUGCGCGCAUGUCAUCUUCGAUCGAUGUCGGAACCACAGCGGGACGGGCAAGGUCGGUUUGUGUAUCGGGGUUCAGGCUGUCGUUACAUGCUGCCAACUCGCUGAAUGCUGGUCGAGCAAUCUCACUCGCCACUACGAAUGAGCAGCUGCUGGUUCAUAGCUGGACCUGUGAAUACAAGGGAGGAAGGAGGAUUAUAUGGCUUCGCGGGUUUGGACUGUCUCUCACUGCUGGCAUAAAAAGGCGUACGACAUCACCGUAACAGACCUUGACUACAGAAUCAGGGCAGGUAGUACAAAGCACUUUGCGAGCUUUCGAAAUGUCUACAGUUCCAACUAUCAUUAUGUC